AUGUUCAAGUUUAAGGGAAGGAGGCGAAGCCUCUUCCCCAAUUACAAACUUGGAGGCGCAAACCUCUGUGCCAGUGAUCCUGUGGUGGAAGAUGAGCUUCCUUUCGCCCAGCAAAACUGGCUGAAGCCUUGGAAUUCCAUGCAGGAACUCAGUCGGGACAUCUAUGACAUCUAUGAAGAAUACGAAAAUGAUGAAGAUGACCGAAUGAUGACCACACCUCUAAAGCUUUCGUCUCCAAUUAAGAACUACAUGUUGAAUAUUAAUGUGGGUGGCAAAGUGUACCAGAUCUCUUACAGGGUGGCAGCGAAAUACCCCAAGACCAGAAUUGGCCGUCUUGCGACGUACACGGACCACAACAGAAAGCUUGACCUCUGCGACGACUACAUUGUCCAGAACAACGAGUUCUUCUUUGACCGGGAUCCGGACAUCUUCCACAACAUCUUCAAUUUCUACCGGACCGGGGUUCUCUGGAUAAAAGACGAGCUGUGUCCUCGCAACUUCUUGGAGGAGAUUAACUACUGGGGCGUCCGAAUCAAGAACACCCACCGGUGCUGCCGUAUCUCCUUUGAGGAGCGGCAGGAUGAGCUGAACGAGCAGCUUAAGGUUCAACGAGAGCUGCAGGCCGAGAUUGAGGUGGAGGAAAAUGAGGAGCUCUUCAGAGGGAUGGCUUUGGGACCGAUCCGGCGCAAGAUCUGGAACCUCAUGGAGAAACCUUUCUCCUCGAUUACGGCCAAACUCAUGGCUGUGGCCUCCAGCUUCUUUGUGCUGGUCUCACUGGUGGCCAUGACCCUCAACACGGUGGAGGAGAUGCAGUACAAAACGCCCACCGGCCAGCUUAGUGGAAAGACCUACACAGAGUAUGUGGAGACCUUCUGCAUUGCAUUCUUUACCGUGGAGUACCUGCUUCGGCUUGUGUCCACACCGGACCUCAAGCGCUUUGGGAGGAGUGUGCUGAACGGAGUGGACCUGAUCGCUAUCCUCCCCCUCUACCUGCAGAUGAUUUUGGAGUGCUUUGAGGAUGAGGACUAUCAGAGGCACCACAGCGACAUUGAGACGGUGGGGAGGGUGGGCAAAGUGGGACAGGUGCUACGCAUCAUGCGUCUAAUGAGGAUCUUCCGCAUCCUGAAGCUGGCCCGGCACUCCACAGGAUUGCGAGCCUUCGGCUUCACGCUCCGCCAGUGCUACCAGCAAGUGGGAUGCCUUUUCCUCUUCAUUGCAAUGGGAAUUUUCACCUUCUCUGCUAUGGUUUACACAGUGGAGCAUGAUGUCCAUCAAACAAACUUCACCAGCAUACCUCAUGCGUGGUGGUGGGCAGCUGUAAGUAUCUCCACUGUGGGUUAUGGGGACAUGUUCCCAGAGACUCACUUGGGCAGGAUUUUUGCAUUCGCCUGCAUCUCAUUUGGGAUCAUUCUGAACGGCAUGCCGAUCUCCAUCUUAUACAACAAGUUCUCCGACUAUUAUUCCAAGCUGAAAUCCCACGAGUACACUUCCAGUUUGAAGGCUCGUGGCAAAGUGAGGUUUGCCAAAAGAGCUGCCAAGAAGUUUGCAGAGUGCUGCGAGAAGCCAUACACUACCGCUCCAGAACCGCUCCACUGUGAAUAA